AGGUAAACAGGUCGAGUGAGUCAGGCAUGUGAUGUCAUAAGAAAACUUUUCUGUGAAGAAUCGAGACGCAGUAAUAGAUGGAUAUUCCCACAUGUGCUGCAGCAACAGCAGGCUCCCUAUCACCACCUCCCGCUUACAAUGACUUUAAUAAGUUUCCCCUUUAUGAGGAAAUCAUUCCAGAUUCACCACCACCCGAUUAUACCAUCGCCAUUGCCCCAGCUGCUGACAGGGAGAGAGCCAAUCUUCAAGAGAUUCCUCAAAACCCUAACAGGAGGGCAAACCCGUAUCCUGUCCUCAAUGUGCCUCGAAUCGAAAUAAUCGAACACAGAGAACAAACAUUCAUACAGCAGAUAGUGCAGCCUGUAGCUCCUCAGGUGGUCGUGGUGCAGCCACAGCAGAUGCUUGUUCUUUUGGAUGACACACCGACAGCGACUGUGUGCAAGUACUGCAAUAAAAGCAUCAUCACUAAUGUAAAAUAUAAAUCUGGUUCUGCUGCAUGGGCCAUGUGCUGUUUAUUGACUAUACUUGGGCUCAUUUGUGGAUGUUGCCUCAUCCCAUUCUUUGUCAGCGGUUUUAAAGAUGUCCAUCACUCCUGUCCUUACUGUCAUAAGCAUUUGGGAAUAUACACCCGGAAAUGACUUAAUUUCCAAACUCUCACACACAUUCAAUAUUAUGAUCAAUACUUGCAUUUUAAAAGUCUAUAAACUGCCAUAAUGUAUUAAAACAAUUAUAAUGCAAAGCAUAUUUGCUUAUGAUUUACUU